AUGGAUCCAGUCGAGGCCAAACGAUGGUCCACAAUCAAGACCACCCUGCCACGGUUGCCGCCGAAUAGCGAGCGAGAGACAACAACCACCAGUCGUCUCGAGCUGCGACCUUUGAAGAACAACAGCCACGACCUGGCGGCACUUCACGCCUUGCGCACGGACGAAAAGGUGAUGCGUUGGAGCCCUCAAGGAGUGGUGGAUGCCGACUUGAAGGAAACUCUCGGGUGGCCAGAAGUGAGUUUUGGAAUAAAGAGUGAUCACUGGGGUCAAGGGUAUGCGUCCGAGUUCUUGGAGGGGUUUCUGGGAAUAUGGCGUAGACUGCCACGGAGGGUGGUCGUGACCAGAGUGCACGUGAGCACGGUUUACAGUGACCGCGAGAUCGUGGAUGAGUGCGUGGCUGGUAUUCCGACCUAUGACAAUGUGGCGUGCCAUCGUGUAUUGGAGAAGAGCGGGUUCGAGAAGCGCGUAGAUUGGGAAGUAUACAAUUACAGAAGAGAGGAAAGAGAGAGGCUCUAUGGAUGGGUUAUGACGAAGAGCAAUGCGCAACUCCUUGAAGAGCAGCUCUCUGCGCUUCAAAUUACAUGA